AUGAAGUGGCAGAAUCCUGUUGUUGAAGGCAUCACUGUGUGUAAAGGUCCUGGUUCUGCGAGUGCAGCCGAGCAGCGGCUACAGGGGACAGAUGUGGAAGAAUCUGGAACUUUUAUGACUGAAGAGGUUAGGGGGCGUUACCUGACACUGCAGGUGGAGGCGUGUCAAGAGGUUCGUCUUAUCACAUGGAGACUCCAUCCAGAAAACCAAGGUGUUCCUGGAGAGAGAGAGCAGGAGACUGGUGGAGCGAGAGGCGGCGUUAAGAGCAGCUCAGACAAACCCAAGAAGCCCAAAUUGUGGGUGAUCUGCAACAGACAGUUUCAAAAAGGUAUCUCACUUCUACAGAGAAAAGAGGAGGAGAAACUUCAGCAUUUGGAGAGCUCCUUGACCGAUAAGCCUUUGUUUGAAAAUACUUCUGGAAUACCUGAAAGAACUGUGACUUCUGAUGUGAGUGAAUCAGAUGUGAGCAGCACUGUGGACCCACCUUUCACCAGAGAUCAGGCUGCAGUCCCACACAGAGUCCAGGACCUGGUGGAGUCGCUGCAGGUGACUUCAGGGCAGGUGAACACGGUGGUGGGAGAGCCUCUGCCCGGGCUGGACUUCAGCACAGCCCACAUGAGGCGUUCACAGACGUCUGAAAACUGGGCACCGCCACCUCCAGUGUUCAGCUCCACUGUCAACACUGGACUGAAGACCUCAGAGGACCUCAUCAGCAGCAGAUGGAGGCAGAUAUUUCCUGGAGCAGCAAUGGGGCCAAGUGUUUCUAAACGUAGCACCUCCUACUCUUCUCACACUCCUCUCAGUCAAAGCAACUGGAGCGCCCCCUACAGGCAGAGCACCACAGAGGCAGACGGACACAGACUUCAGGACCUUAUUGACAGUAACAAGAAGUGGCUCGAGAGCCGACGCAAAGACACCAACAUACCUUUAUUGACUCGAUAUCGUCCUGCGACAAACGGUGGUCUGAUUCAGCUCGGUUUGGACGACAACAAUGAGAUACGAGUUUUCCAUUACUGACAUUACUUUAUAUGAGUGAGUGCAUAGGGCUAAAACUCCUGUCCUCUGUCUGCUGGAUUUCUGUAAUAGAGAGAGAUCUAAACCAAGUCUAUAACAGGACUAAUCCACGUCUAAAUAAGGCUAAAAAAAGGACUUAACAAGUGCUGCUGUUCCUUUGACAAAGAGAGAAGAGAAUUACAUUAUUGAUGCAUUAAAAAUUAUGUUUAUUGUAACUUAAAUUUA